AUGAGUAGCCGAAGCAGCAAACUACUGCAGCUCGCGCUGCAAAAGAACAUACCUGAUAAUAAUAGUGAGCGUGUAACAGCAGAUGAUUCAGUAGCAGAGAGCCCUUGUCCUCCAAUUCACGAGGAAUCUUAUAAGACUUUCAAGACCAAUCUUGCGAAUCACAACAUAAAGAAAACAAAUCUAAAAAGUUUUAUUGGUUGUUCAACAGAUGGAGGUAAACCUGGAGGGGGGUCUGAUCUUACAACCAAACGUGAAGAUGUCAAGAAGAAGAGGACUGGUAGUAGCUCUAACAAAGGUGAUCUUAAUGAAAGACAGAGUCCUAAGGCCAAGCGACAACUCUUUAAAGGAAGUUCUCCUGCUACUAAACCAAGUUCAGCAUCCGUUCCCCUCAAUGAGGUACCACUUAAUUCUUCCUUGAAUUUGAUACAAUCAGCAUACGGUUGUUCGUCUGAUGAUGAGACUGGAGAGACUAUACCUGAUACAGCUUCUGCUGCUAACAGUGGUGUAACAAUUGAUGAUGAAGUGAGUUCUGAUGCAGUUGUCUCACCUACAGCAACAUCAAGUGUUGCCCCAAAUUUUGUCUCCCCUAUACUGAGAGAUGAUGGUGGCCAAGUCUCUUUUGAUGGACCUCUUACUAUUUUGGUUCAUUCCACUCCAAUAGAUGCUGUACCUGAAGGAGGAACAGUUCUCUAUGAUGAGCCACUUUCUCCAAGUGGUGAAACCUCAACUAUUAUAUUGGGUUCACCUGGCCAGCUUGAUGUUCAUGGAGAAAGUAUUUUUAUUUCUGACCCUCUCCUGGAGACUCCACAUACUGAACCCAACAAUGAUACUGCUUCAAUGGAACUUCAAGGCACAGAUACAACAGAAGCAGAAGCAGAUACAACUGUCAACAACAAGCGUAGAAGUAGAAGCAGACAAGCAUCAUUGAAUAGUCCUUCAAGGAAAAGGAAAUGUGAUGAAAGUUUGUGGAAAAGAAAUGUGACCAAGGCAUUGAAGAAUUCUGGACAAGCGUACAUUUCCUCAGCUGGAAAAGAAAUGGAAGCUGCUAAAAUGAGAGGACCCUGUUCUUGUAGUUUGGAUUGCGUGCACCGUGUUACUCAAGAACAGAGGGAAAAUAUCUUUCAAACGUUUUGGAAACUAGGUCGACAUGACAGGCAGUGGGAUUUUAUCAGAGCUAAUUCAAAAUGUGCCAUUACUAAGCCUGCUAAAGCUGGCCAACCAUCAAAGCGCAAAGUUAGUCGUACUUUUCUUUUUACUAUUAAUGGCCAGCCAACUAAAGUCUGCAAGCAAAUGUUUAUGCGCACUCUGGGUAUAUGUGAUAGUUGGAUUGAAUCUGCGUACAAGAAAAUUAAUGCUGACAAGGGGUUUACUGUCUCUCCAGACAAAAGAGGGCGCCAUUCCAACAGAUUAGUCAAAAUGACUCCAGCUAAAAUAGAGAGUGUAAAACAACAUGUAAACCUAUUCCCAAGAGUUCCCUCCCACUACUGUCGGAAAAGAAGCAAACGAGAAUAUUUGGAACGGGGUCUCAGCAUCAACAAAAUGGCAAGGCUCUACACUGACUGGGCUGCUGAAAACAAUUUGCCGAAAGUGUCCAUUGCUAAUAAAAGACAAUACAGAGACAUUCUCAAUAGCAAUUUUAAUAUUGGUUUUUUUUAAACCAAAGAAAGAUCAGUGCAGUCUGUGUUGUCUAAUGAAAAAUAAUAAUCGAGAAAUACGUGAAGCAAGGAAAGAUGUAUGGGUGGCUCACUUAAACAACAAAAAGAAGUCUCGAGCUCUUAAAGAUAAAGAC